UCAGCAAACAGCUGUUUACGCAAGGGUGAAGAUUAUACAAACAGUUGAUUAAAUGAAAACGCGAUUAAAUUAAUAAUUUUAAAAUCGAAACAAAUAGUUUUAAAUGCUACGCACCUUUGCCAAAGUGCGCGUGCAGUGCCAGCAGCUGCUUAGGCACAAAUACAAACAACAGUUGCAAUUAAAACUACAGCCAUGUCGCCCAAAAUCAACAUUGGGCGGCAAUCGAGGCGAUUCCGACGCAGCGAACCGCAAAUUACGAUCAAAGUCAACACUUUACUACAUAACUGCUGGUGGUGUGCUGAUUGUAGGAUUUAGCUAUGCCGCAGUGCCACUCUAUAGCAUAUUUUGUCAGGCAUACAGUUAUGGAGGCACCACCUCGCAGGGCCACGAUGCAGAGAAGGUGGAGCACAUGGUCAAGGUGAAGGAUCGUGUGCUGAAAAUACGCUUCAAUGCCGACAUUGGCUCAUCGAUGCGCUGGAACUUCAAGCCGCAACAGUUUGAAAUUAAAGUCGCACCCGGAGAGACGGCACUCGCCUUCUACACGGCCAAGAAUCCCACGGAUAAACCAGUGGUUGGCAUUAGCACCUACAAUGUGAUACCAUUUGAGGCGGGCGCCUAUUUCAAUAAAAUCCAAUGCUUUUGCUUCGAGGAGCAAAUGCUUAAUCCGCAUGAGGAGGUCGAUAUGCCCGUCUUCUUCUACAUUGAUCCCGAAAUCACCCAAGAUCCGGCGUUAGAGCUGUGUGACACCAUCACCCUCUCCUACACGUUCUUUGAGGCCAAGGAGGGUCUGCAACUUAACUUUCCCAGUUAUGUGAAACCCCACACAGCCAAGCAGGCAUAGGAAUCCCCUCCAUAUAUAUCUAUAUAUUUAGAUAUAUAUAUAUAUACUCUAUUUUUGUUCUAAUAAAUAGUUGUUUAUAUUUUUAAACAGCGACUGUUAUUAAAUCUACAAUUUUAAGCAAA